AUGUGGCCUCAAGUUAAAAUAGUUCAUGGCAAAGCUCGUCACAGCCAAUCUCAAGGAUCGGUUGAACGAGCUAAUCAAGACAUCGAAAGUAUGAUAGCAACUUGGAUGGAAACUAAUCACAAUGCAAAAUGGUCUGAAUCUUUACGAUUUGUUCAAGCAAUGAAAAAUUCAGCAUUUCAUUCAGGUAUAAAACGAUCUCCCUAUGAGGCAAUGUUUGGAUGUACAAUGAAAAUGGGACUUGCUACUUCGAGUAUACCGAAAAAUGUGAUAACAGAACUCAUUAAUGAAGAUGACCUUAUAUCUGUCCUUGAAGACUCUAAAAUUACAAUUUCCAAUGAGAAUGAAGAGAAGAAUAAUACUGAAAAAAUCAAUAAGGACAUAGACAUUGAUCAUAACCGAGGAAAAAAAAUCGAUAUUGAGAUCAAUAAAAAUACAGGGCUUUUACUAAGUCAAUUUGUAUAUCCUAGGAUGUACACAACGUGUUUAUUAAAAGCCCGAAUAAAACUAAGAAUUUCAGCAUUUACUGAGUACAAACAGUAA